CCUCUCUAGUUUCCCCGCACGACGUCCGGAUUUAAUUUGAAGACGGACCACUUCCGGUCCAGCUGUCAACAGACCCCGCAGCACACGUGUUUCCACAGUUAAAAUGCCGAAGAUUCAGAGGGGAAAACCUGCGGAGAAAGUGGUUCAUCCGUACAGCCGGAAGGCAGCUUAUAUGGCCCGAGAGGAGUGCAGACUUAGGAGGAAAGAGAGGCAAAAGACUGAGAAAGCUACUCGUCUAAGCAACAUUGGUGAGAAGCUCUUGUGGUUUCAGAGUGAGCUGGAUCCAGCUAAGGCGACUUACACAAAAAAAGACGCCUGCGACAUCAUUGAGAGAUACCUCCACAGAUUUGACUCUGAACUUGAGCAGAUUGAACUCAUGAAUGGGAUCAAAGGUCGGCAGGGUCGUCUCCAUGGCGCCAGAGAGGCCGUAAUCAAACAGACCAUCGAGCGAGAGCGGGCACAGUUUGAGGGUGUCGGUUUCGAAAUCCCCGACAUCAUCAACGGAAAACAUCUGAAGACCUUUAGAGAGUGGACUGGGGAUCUGAAGAAACUUCCGAAUAUUAAACUGCGCAAGGUCUCGAACAAAAGUUUAGAGUCAAAGAAGGAAGGAGAGGAGAAACACGAGGGCGAGGAGAAUCAGGAGAAUGAUGAUAAUGAGGAAGAUGGAAGCGAUUUGGACAGUGAGCAAAUGGAUGAGAUUUCAGACUCCCACUGAGACUCUUCAUGUUGGACCUGCUGGAGUAUUAAGACUUUCAGCACACUUAAUGUGAUGUGUGAGAAAAUGCUGCUGCUAUUCCUGGACCGUCCACGAGAUGGUGCUACAGCCUCAAAUAGCAAAGUCAGAUUUUUUUUUUCCAGUCUGAACUCCUGCUAAAAGUUUCUCAGUGACUUCACACCAGCCUUUCCGAGGUUUCUACAUUCAUCAUUUAUUGCACAAACAAAUAUGCGUUUCAUGUAACCAGAAUGCUCUGUUUUAUUUAGAAAAUAGCGGUUGCGGUGGGUUUAAGACACAGAGGAAACUGUAUUUUCUGUGAGGUGAGAAACCAAAUCGAGACUAUAAAAGUGGUCAUGUGCGAGUAACAGUCGCUUUGAGUAGGCCGACUUUGUGUUGGUUCGAAUCAAGAGAAAUGCUCAUAAUCUAAUGUAAAAACAUGAAUGGGGGGAACCCAUGAAAGCUCUAGUUACAUCGACAUAUAAAUAAAGGUUGUCCAGCUCAGGACAUCCGAAGCUGCAAACGACUGGGCUACUGGAGACUUUCUAUUUUAACAAAUAAUCUGACGAUAACUUUCAGACUAUUACGUUUUUAGAUCUCAGACUGAGCUAAAGGUUCAGUUUACGGUCUGUUUCUCUACUUAUAACAUCUGACUCUUUGGUGUCUGAAGACCUGAUUGUCCAAAAGGAGAGUAAAGGUCUCAGUAUGCUUCAGAGCUUGUCACACAGGCCUGAUCAGGCAGGUUUAAAACAAACUCAAGCUAUUGUAUUUUUUUUAUCCUGCCUCACUCUCACUUUUGACAACUUUUCCAAAUUCAUUAAAAACUUUUGAGUAGUGUGUCUGCGGGUCAUAGAUCUGCACUUCAUGUAAAGUGAUUGGUCCAUAUGUUUUGUUCAAAAAUACGACAGCAGCUCAACUUCUAAAUGGAGAAGUCUCAGUGAACACCAGGGGCACAGAUGUGUUACAGAUCUCAGAGUCAGCACCGUGGCUGCAGUGACUGAAUCUGGAGCGUUUCAGAGUAGCCCUUAUCUGCUACAAUGUUGCAUGUCUGAUUCGACAAUUCACGCGAGGCUUCAGCUGGGCCAAUCAGGACUGUGUAGGCUCUCUUCUGGGACCUCCCAGCUCUCAGCAAGAGCAGCAGCAAGUCCCCCUUACAGAACAGUGGCAGCAUCAGUGAAAGUAGGUCGGAGAAGCUGGGUGGUAAAAGCUGAAGCAGCUUAAUUGUCCCGCCUUGUGGAUGUGUGACAGUGUCAGCUGAUGUGGGGACUGAUUAUGAGUCAUAUGCGUGAUUCAUUUGAAACAUACUGAGACCUUUGAUGAGCAUCUGCAGAGUGUUCACAUCUUUAACUCAUAUCAGUGCAGGUUGAGAAAGUGCAUACAGGGAUAAAAUAGUGUCGGUAAACCACAAAACACGGUCUUUACAAGCGUUCUGUGCCGAUGGCUUUGUUUUCUGUCCUCUCUCCACACUCUGCCCCUCUUCCUUUCUUCGUGAAGCCCUUCUGACCCCAACUUUUCUGGAUCACCGAAGGACCGGAUCAGUUCGUUUGUCCAACAGCACCCACUGGAGUUGAGAACAACAUUACAACACUGCACAAGUCCAAAUCUCACUGUGCUCAUUGACAUUACCAUGAGCAGAGUGGGAUAAGGGACUGUUCUCGGAGCAGGAGGAGAUAAGUCAAACAGGGUUUUGCGCCGGCGCCACGGCAGCCUCCACUGACGUGUCCGAGUCCAUCAGAGCUGCCGGAGCUGGGGCCUGGCUGACCGGCACCUCCACGGUUUCAUGCCUGCCAUUGGCGAUGGUGCUUUGCCGGGCCUGGGGGUUGUGCAGGUCCUUCUCAGGACAGUUCUGCACAGUGAUGAUGCGGUUGAAGGCCUUGAGGCGGCGCCACAGCUGCAGGUAGACUUUACACUGGAUGUACAUAAAGAUGAGGCCACCCGUGAAGCCAAUGGCCACCACAAUCAGCUUAGUCCAGAAGGGCCACUCCAGCACACCUGAAAGGACACCGACACACACACAGCAGCUGUUAGUGCCCCUCGCAGACGUGUGAGGGGUCAAGAUGGUGGCAUGUGCAGAGCUGUGCUUACCCUGCGGCGUAUAGUACUUCAGAAGAGAAACUCUCCAUAAUUCGGCUGCAAUCAAGAGCGAUUUCUCUUUUUAAUCUCUGGAGAAAACUAUUCUAUUGUGCAAACACUGUAGAAAUACUCUAAAUAUUAAUGCUUAUGAUUUUAUA